AUGAAGCAUUAUUUUCCAGUACAUGUUGUUCGUCUUAUUUCUAGAGCAAAUCCCAUCAAGUUUGUUAUGUCGAAACAUGUCCUUAGUGACCGACUAGCAAGAUGGUACCUCCAAUUUCAACAAUUUGAGAUCGUGUACAUCCCUCAAAAAGCUGUGAAAGGACAAGCAUUGGCGAAUUUCUUAGUAGACCAUCCGAUACCAGAUGAAUGGGAGUUAACUGAUGAGCUUCCUGAUGAAGAUGCAAUGUUAAUUGAAGUUCAACCUCCUUGGAAAAUGUACUUUGAUGGAGCUGCACAUCGUGACAGAGCUGGUGCUGGUGUAGUGUUCAUCACUUCACAAGAAGAGAUCCUACCAUUCUCCUUUACUUUGAAGCAAUGUUGCUCCAAUAAUGUUGUUGAAUACCAGGCGUUGAUACUUGGACUUGAGAUGGCCGUUGACAUGAAGCAAUUAAACUUACAAGUCUUUGUCGAUCAACCAACUCUUGGGAAAACGGAGAAUAAGAAAGUUGAUGUAUUGGCUGCUCUAGCUUCAACGCUAACCCUUCAUGAUCAGACACAAGUGACUAUUUGUCAAAAAUGGAUAGUACCACCGUCAAAUGAGGAGGAAAGUAUAGAAAAUGAGCUUAAUCAUCUCGUCGCCAUUUCUGAAGCCACGAAGGAGGAGUGGAGACAACCCAUUAUUGACUACAUGUGUUAUGGGAUACUUCCAGAAGAUCCAAGGAGAAGGACUGAUAUUCGUCGUCGUGCACCUCGCUUCCUUUACUACAAGGACACAUUAUAUAGAAGAUCAUUUGAAGGUGUACUAUUACGAUGCUUGGGAGAGGAAGAAGCAAUUCAAGCUUUGCAAGAAGCACACUCGGGACCUCCCGAAGUAUUGCACCCAACUAUUGCAUCUUGGCCAUUUGACGCUUGGGGAUUUGAUGUUGUGGGACCACUACCAAAAUCUUCUGGUGGACACUUGUACAUCUUGGUUGCAACAUAUUACUUCUCAAAAUGGGCUGAAGCUGUCGCUCUUAAAGAAGUGAAGAAAGAGAAUCGUAAAUCUUAUAUGUAUCAUGCUGCCGCCAAUGGUCUCGCUGAAGCAUUUAAUAAGACUUUAUGCAACCUUCUGAAGAAAGUUGUCUCUAAGUCCAAACGGGAUUGGCAUGAAAGAAUGGAAGAAGCUUUGUGGGCAUAUAGGACGACGUACCGCACUCCAACUCAAGCGACACCAUAUUCACUCGAUUUUGGUGUUGAGGCACUCCUACCACUCGAGCGUCAAAUACCUUCCUUAAGACUUGCUAUUCAAGAAGGGAUCACUGAAGAAGAAAAUGCUCGACUUCGUCUUGCUGAGUUAGAAACACUUGAUGAAAGAGGCUAG